AUGGCUACAACUCAUGGUACAGCAACUCACCUUUCAGCAGGUCCGAUGGCUAUCUCAGCACCGUUGGCGGGUGAUGAUGUUGAAGAAUUUCAGAAGAUCUUGAACAUCAAGGACCAGAUAUUCUCUGGCACUCACCCCCGACUCACUGUGCCUCCGCAUCUCGUACGGAAAUCAGGACCCGCAAACGGCAAGCAUGUUUCUGCACAGGCGCAGCAACCUCAGCCUACAAAUCCAAAGGCCAAGGCCGCGCUGGAUACCCCACCCGUACGAGAUACCACAAAAACUGCCUUCCAGAACACGGAUAGUACCUUGAACACGAACGCGUCGUCUGCACCGAAGCCUGCUCGCAUGGCUCCAAAGCCUACCUCUGAGAUCAACCCGAUCUUUUUGACCAAGUCAGAUGACUUGGUGAGGGCAGAGCAACAGCUGCAAAGGCAGAGAUUGGAAAGAGCACUACGUGAUCAGGUGGAACUGCAGAAGAAGGAGACCAGACAGAGACCUGCGGUCCAGGACACGAAACCUGACUUUGACGUCUCAGAGGUUUUCAAACAAGCUUUAGACGUGGUAAAGCCAGUCUCGUUGAGCGACCCAUCCGAGUCAAGUGGCCCUGGUGAUGAUUCCUUUGACGACAAUUCAUUUUACUCCAGUAGAGCUCCUGAUUCGCCCCCUGUCCCGCAGCGAAAGCCAUCCCCUGCGGCCGUUGUGCCACCCACAGGUCCUGCUGUUCGUGCCCCAGUAGCUUACGGGGAUGAGUUGCAGCGACUUGAAGCUCUUAACCCUGGAUCUGAUCUGGAAUUGCAAGAUGCUUACCUUGUUGCUGACCAGCGUCCCUCCUAUUCCCAAAAGCAGGCUAGUCACCAAAAUGCAGAGGCUUCCGCCAGUCGAUUGCGCGAAUCACAACGGAUGGAAACCGAGGAUGAACCCGACUAUUCACCACCCGCUCCAGCGGCGCCACCAAUAGAACACCACGAUUACUCUCGUGGGAUAGGAGGUGCUGCGGGAAGACAGCCUCGGGAAAAUAUCAGAUACGCCGAAAAACCGCAGGAUCCCCGUGAACCUACUUCCCCCGCCCAUGUGAAGGUAGUGCGGAACCACAUUACAUCCCCAGCAGCACCUAGGCCAUCUCGCGUGUCUCCAUUGGCCAUGGCCAAGGCCCCUUCAGUUCAGCAGAUUCGAGCCGAGCGACCCGAAAUUGGCACGGUCCAGUUGUAUUCGGACCCAGAUUCUGCUCGUGCCAGCCCUAGUGCUCCAGUUCCUAACGUCGUGUCCCGGAAAAGGAGGAGACUGCGUGAAGGCGAUGAUGGAAUUCGCCAAGCACCGCACAGAAGACCCAAUGUAGAACCGGCGGAGACGUUUAUCAAGGAAGAACCGGUCUCACCACCACCAUUUGCCGACGAUCCCUCCGCAAUUCGCAGUCGACACCCUCAGGAACGUCCUGUCUACAUUGACAUAGCGUCCCCCCAGUAUGCGCCAGCUUACGAAAGUCGUGGGCCCCCAAUGCGAGAGGCUGUUUAUGAAGUCGAUCCUUACCACGAGAUUGCGCCGGAGGCAGGGCCCCAGCGAACCAUGUCUCGACUCAGCGUCAGACGGCCAAUUCGAGAGGAUGUCGAUCUUAGACGAGUUGCCAGCGUGCAGUAUGCACGUCAACCAGACUAUUCUCGUGAGUACAUUGAGGCCCAGCCGCGACCCAUCCGCGCCGCCUCGCACGUCGUGGAACGUCCAGUGCAGGAGCGUGUGCGGUACUAUGAAGAAGCUCCGUCUUACCCACAGCACCGAUACGUUCCCGUGGAUGACAUGCCACCCCCAAGCUACCGGGAACCUUAUUACGAAGAAGCACCGCCUGCGCGGAUCAUGGCACCUCCCCAGCGUCGCAUCGUGGUCGAUGAGCACGGUAAUCAGUAUUACGAACUGCUGCAGGCCCCACGGCUUCAACCAAUGGCUCCUCCACCUCCGCCUCGCCCUGUCUCCCAGAUGUCCAAGGAUGUCUACGAGGAGCGACUUCCGCAACAUCACAGUGCCAGCGUUCGUGCACCUUCUGUUGUCCAAGAGCCGUACAGCGAACGACGCUAUGUGCAGGAGAUGCCUCCGCCUCAGCCAAUUUACCGGCGUGUCACAUCUGACUAUGCUCGUCCUGCACCAGUCCCAGAGCGACAGAGCUAUGCUGCCCCAUAUGAUGGUUACGAGCCCUACGCACGAAGCGCCAGUGUACAAGUAGCCGAGUAUCUUCCCCCUCGUCACACGGUGUAUGUUGAUGAGCGUGGAGUGCCCCAGGAGAGAGUUGUUCGAACUGCGAGCGUUCGUCCCCCGCAGCCCCGGUAUGAAGAGCCACAUGAGGUUCAGCGAGUUGGGAGCGUUCGACCAAUGGCCCCGGCCCGUGAGCCUAGCGUCUUCAUGGAGGAGAGACCAAUGGGAGAAUACAUUGAGAGACCGUACUACAUCAGAGAACGACGCUACUAUCCAGGUGAGGGGGAAGAGACAGAUCGCAUUGCCUAUGAUGGUGCAACCGAUCCAGCCCAAAGAGCCCCUCAGCGUUAUCAGUAG